AUGUACAGCCGGCGGCCUUCCUUAACUUUCAUCACGAUGUCAAUUACGCAAAAACAACUUCCAUCUAUCUUCUUCUAUGAAUGGCGUGGCGGCAUUGGAGCAACGGCAACAGCCAUCAACAACAUCAAUAACAGAAUGGUCGAGUGCUCCACUACCAUCGGGACUGUCAAGCGCUGGUUCGCUCGCUUCGCAAACGGAGACACCGACUUCGAAGACAAGCCCGCGGUUGGGACGCCCACACUCUCGAAGACUCCGCCAUUCUCGGUGUUGUCAAAGAGGAUCCUGAGAUCAACACCCGCAGUCUUGCGACGAGACUCGGGUGUAGCCAUUCAACAGUCGUCAGUCCCCUCCAGGUCCUCUGCUACAGAAACGUGCUGGCUCAAUGCAUCCCUCACACCUUAA